AUGCCAUCAAUCGCCGGUAGCAGAUCGUCACCUAUGUCAAUCGCAGGCGGCGAAAUUUCAUCGCCUCAGAAACGGAGGUUGAGAUCUAAUUCGGCUUUAUCGGAUGAGCCGUUUUCUAGUACUCCAUCCAAGCCAUGCUCUCCUUUGAAGAGUAAAUCUCCUCGCCGAUGCGUCGAAGAUAGUCCCCAUAGAAGUCGAGCAAAUGUGAUUGCCAAUGAUAAUUUAACGAAAAUGAGGAAAUCCCCAAAGAAAAAAUUGUUGGAUGCUUUCCUCGAUAAACCGAUCUGGAAUCCAACAGAUUCGGAGCAAUUAAGUGCCGUGAAGGAGGCGCUGCAUGUAUCCACAGCGCCGUCUAUGAUCAUGUGCCGUGAGGAUGAACAGAAAAGGAUAGAGGAGUUUUGCAAGCAAUGCCUUGAACAAGAGAAGGCUGGGAGCUUGUACAUUUGUGGUUGCCCAGGGAGUGGAAAAUCACUUUUAAUGGAGAAUGUGAAGGGAUCUCUGGCUGUUUGGGCUAAAGAGACAGGGGGUCACUUGCCAGAAAUUUUGGCCAUAAACUGUACUUCCCUCUCGAGCACCUCAGAAAUUUUUAACAAGAUACUUGGAAAGAUUCAACCACACAAGAAACCUAAUGGUCGUUCUACAUCCUUACGACAGCUUCAGCAAUUGGGUUCUCAAAAGCAGCAGACACCUGGCAUGAAAAUGAUGUUGGUUAUUGCGGAUGAACUGGAUUAUUUGACUACUAAGGACCGGGUGGUGCUUCAUGAUCUAUUUAUGCUAACAACAUUGCCCUUCUCAAAAGUUAUAUUGAUAGGUAUAGCUAAUGCAAUUGACUUAGCAGACCGCUUUCUUCCAAAACUACAGUCUCUAAAUUGUAAGCCUAUGGUUGUAUCUUUCCGAGCCUACUCCAUGGAUCAUAUCAUCAUCAUUCUCAAACAACGAUUGAUGGCACUUUCUUACACUGUCUUCCAGCCACAAGCACUGGAACUCUGUGCACGAAAAGUAGCUGCAGCAUCUGGAGAUAUGAGGAAAGCUCUUGGUAUUUGCAGGGGUGCAAUUGAGAUGCUAGAAACUGAGCUUAGAGAAUCUGCAUGCACUUCAAAUCUUUCAUCAAUGGUGAGGGUUGAUCAUAUGGCUAUUGCUUUGUCAAGGGCUUACAAAUCACCAAUAGUUGACACUAUACAGUCCCUUCCCCAGCAUCAACAGAUUGUAUUAUGUUCUGCUGUGAAGCUUUUUUGGAGGGGAAAGAAGGACACAACAAUCAAAGAGUUAAACAAAUCUUAUAUUGAUGUCUGCAAGUCAACAUUGAUACCACCUGUUGGAAUAAUGGAACUUUCAUGCAUGUGUAGAGUGCUAGAUGAUCAGGGAAUCCUCAAACUCGGUCAAUCUCGAGAUGAUAAAUUAAGGAGACUGACUUUGCAGGUAGAUGAAGCAGACAUCAUUUUUGCAUUGCAGGGCAUCCGUUUCUUUCGCAACUGUCUUCAGUAAAUUUCGACCAUCUGUAGUCAUCAAAUUCUUUCAUCUGGUGAUGAAUACCGUUUCAUUCAAUGAACCCUUUUGAAGUUCAGUCAU